AUGAGCUCACCCAGCGCUCACGCCUUGCUGUGGAGCUUGUGGACCACUGCCUUCCCGCACAGCCUGGGAAGCCUCUUCAAAGAGUGGCUGCAUCGAGGAAUCGAUCUGGGUGAUAUGUCGACCGCGGUCGAGGUGCUCCUCGUUGAUUCGGAAUGGAAGCGAGACCAGGAUGAGGACUUGACUUGGAUGUGCUUGCUUCAGCACACGAGCCGUCGUGGAGCCUGCCAGGAGGUGAUGCGCAAGUAUUGUCGAGAUCGAGAGCUUCCGAGUUGGGUUCGUGUGCAAGAAGGCCCCUGGAACGAGACAAAGGUCAGCAAAAACAAGCCUGAACUGGCCAAGUACAUGCAGAGGUUCGCGAAUCUCGAAAAGUUCGCACAACCAGCAUCAGGCAACCAUUGGGAGAAGCUCGGCGCAGUCAUUGACUUUGUGGAGCAUCGCCUUUCUGCUGCUGCUCCCCAGGUACCCGGUACUGCAAGCGAGAUCCUGCGCUUGCUCGACAGCUUUGCACAACGACGAGAGCACUGGCUUAAGGUUGCGGGCGGGGCAAAGGCCGAGGUACUCGUGUACACGCACGGCUUGAGGACCUGGCAACCCUACGAGGUUGUCGUGGAGUGCGGCACUUUCAUAGGCUACUCCGCAAUUCGGCUGGCCAUGCUGACCUGCCGAGAAGAGGCUCCGGACAAGACCAGGCCCCGUGUCUUCACAAUCGAGGUGGACCCCAUCCAGGCCUGCAUAGCCAGGCAUCUCGUGGACUUAGCAGGUGUGUCGUUUGCAGUGGAAGUUGCCAUUGGGCAGGUGCGUGACGUCCUGCCCAAAAUCGUCGAACUCUUUGGGGCUGAAUCUGUGGGAAUGGUCUUCAUGGAUUACAAGGGUACGGCUUUCCAUUCCGACUUGGACACUUUGGAAGACACCGGAGCACUAGGCACGGAUGCCCGCCUUCUGGCGGACAACGUGGCGUUGCCAGGAGCGCCUCUCUUACUCUGGCACCUGGCUUUUAGUCCGUCUUGGGAGCUCGUUGCGUACGCGAUGAUGGAGUUUCUCGAGCCCAACACGGAGGACUGGAUGGCUCUGGGGAGGUACCUUGGCCCUGCAGGGCCGGCACCUCCCGCACCGGAGAGUUGGCAUCACCUGUCCUGGCACACUGUGCCUCGACAUCUGAUCACUUUGAGAUGCACUCCUAUGUAA